AUGUCGAACCGUGGGCGCGACCGCGGUACCACCGUCAUCACCCCCGAGGAGCGCGUCCGACGCGUCAAAGAGGCCAAGAGCAGCAUUCGUGAGACUGCCACCUUCACUCCCGCUCUUCUGGGCCGCAUCGAGUCUCGCAUCGACGCCAACGCCUUCCGCCGUUGCAUCUCGGACAACACCAUCUACCAGUCCCUCUGCAACUCUCUCAAGGACAAGAACCUCCCCGAGCGCGAGCGCCGCCCCGACCUCGUCGACUAUCUCGCUCUCGAGGCCAUUGUCGCCGUCAACUAUGACGGCGAGUACAACAAGGUCCUAAAGGACCUCUUCAUCCGCUGCCAUACCGCCGUCUGGGUCGACAAGGCCGUCCUCGCGGCCAAUCACGAGUGGUACCAAGACAGCCUCUCCGACGCCCGCAAGUUCGUCAAGACUCUCAUCAACAAGGUCGACUCCCAGCUUCUGGAGAUCAUCCUGGAGGACCUCGAGACCACCUUUUGGCGCGAGACCAUCAAAGACCACGUCCUCUAUAAGAAGAUCCUGGAGAAGCUCAAGGACAACCGCGACCUCAGCCAGCGCGACGUCCUCACCGCCGUCGCCCUCAACGGCGGCAAGUACCCUACCGAAGUCUUCCGCCACCUCAUCGUCCACCAGAACUCUUCCAUGUGCCAAUGGGGCAACAACGUCCAGGCCCAGCACGCGCUCUACGAAGACGACGAGUUCCAGGAUACCCGCGCCCAGAACACCAUUGUCAGCGACACCAUGACGAACCUCGAGUCCUUCGCCGACGCCAUGCAUAACAAGCAGAAGAGCAACGAGAUCCGCAAGAGGGUGCGCGAGCUCAAGGAGCUGAUGAAGGACGACCUUGGCCUUCUCCGUCACACCCAGGGUGGCCGUGUCCAGAAGAGCGCUGGAGGAGUUGGCGGAAGAGUCGUCGGCGGCGGCGGCAUCAGGGGUCUCAGUGGUCUCAUUGGCAUUGGUGGCAUGGGUAGUGUUGGCGGAGUCGGUGGUGUUGGCGCUGCCGGUGGUGUCGGUAAUGUCCGCAGCACAAGCAGCACAAGUAGCUACCCCAUUCCAACUCGUCCAACCCCGCAGCGUCUCGGCUCUGAAGCGUCUUCUUCUGGCGGUCUGUUCAUGCGCCAGGAUGGAGACAAGAAUGGACUUUCCCAGAGAGACCAAAGCCAGAUGGAGAGCGAGGGUGGUCGCAGUGUCAGCGGCGGUGGUAUGGGUGGCUUGGGCGGUACUGGCCUAAAAAGAGAGGCCUUCAGUCCCGUGUCUAACCCCCGCACCCUGGGCCGCUCAGGCUCCUCUUAUUAG